AUGUAUUCUGAUCAGUUGUUAUCAAAACAAGGCCCAUUGGCGCAUGUAUGGUUGGCAGCUAACUAUGACAAGAAAUUAUCCAAACAACAAUUAUUAAAUACCAAUAUUAUCCAAUCGUCACGUAUAAUAUCAACACACCCUAUUAGCUAUCAAAGUUCACAAAGCUCACAAACUCCUAUGGAAAGCAACGGAAAAACUAUAACCCUUAGGCUAUCGGGUCAAUUAUUAUUGGGUAUAGUACGAAUUUAUUCGAGAAAGACAAAAUACUUAUUAGAUGAUGUGAAUGAUAUUUUAUAUAAAUUGAAGAAUUCGUUCAAAUACGCGAAUGGAGGAGUUUUGCUAGGAUCAGACUUGUCUAAGAAUCUGAUCAACUUGGCGCCCCAGCAAACAAUCGUGUCUAAUGUUGAAAGCAUUACUUUGACAGAUCAAGUAACUGAUUUUGACUUGUUAUACCAAGAAGAUUUAAACUUGGGUGAUGAAAUGGGGACGGCAAAUACCAACACGCUUUUUAGUCAAGUUUCAAACGCCAAUUCUUUAAAUGAUAGCAGUUUUAACUACGAUCAAUCUAUCGAAAUGCCCAGGUUCAAUGACAGCACGAUGAAUAACCCAAAUAAUGAUGAUGACUUGGAGUUGGAUUUUGAACUCGGAGAUAAUGAUAAUGACAAUACCUUUGACCAAUCGAUAGAAGUAGGUAGAAAUGCGUCACAAUUUCCAGAGAACAGCCCGGAUAUUUCCAUAUUAUCUGAUUUAAAUAAAGACAAUUCUAUGCACAAUGAUGAUAAUACAGGUCUUGAAUUUGAUUUUGAUAAUCCUUUAGAGACAAUUGUUGAAUCCGGGCCCAUUAAUGAAGACAAUGCCGAUGGUGAAACUUCGGAUAACAAUGAGCCAAUAACACCACCAUCGACAUCAAGAUCAAGAACGAAGUUGGUUGGAAUAACUGAAGAAGGACAAUUAAAAACAACAAAACGUAAGUUGAAAGUUGAUUCGAACGAGGAAUUGGACAUGGGUAUUUCGAUUGAAAGUUUAAGGAAUAAUCAACAAUUACAAUUAAGCAAUGAGGCAUUAGAUGAAUAUUUGACUUUGAGGUUGUCAGAGACAGAAAAAAUACAGUUAAUUCAUGAACUAAGUAACCCUGUUAAUUCUGCCAAUAAAAGAAGAAAAUUGUGGAAUAUAGAUGAACAAUUACAACAAAGAUGUUUGGAAUUAUCUCAUGAUGAGCAAACCAUUGAGUAUAACAAUCAACUUCAAACUGAUAAUCAACAGUUUGAUGAUUUUGACGAUAAUUUAGAUUUUGAUAUUUCAUUGCCAGGGUUAGAAUCUGAAGCUGAUAUUACGGGUAAUACUUUGGAAUCUGCUCAAUUUGAAGGAGAAAAUGAAGAAGAAGAAGAUUUUUCAAAUGAAGUGGUAACGAAAUCAACGAUUCAGAUUGCUGAUCAGCUCAGAGAAACUUUUUCUAAUAAUGUAGAGGACGUGGUGAAUUUAACGGAAAUGAUCGAAAAGGAUUUACAGAUCCUCGAUAGGGAUGAAACUAAAUUCCCAUUAGGAGUCGCCAACAAAUCUUCCGAAAAUAUUAGAGUUAACAAACGUAGGGAAGCAACUAAAUGUUUCUUUGAGUUAUUAGUCCUUGCAACAAAUGAUUGUAUCUCAAUCGAACAAGAACAGCCCUCUGGUACAAAUAAAAUUGGAGGUAAAAUUAACAUUAGGUCUAGAGAUAGAAUCUUUAACCAGUUUCUUUAA